AUGGAGUCUUUAAUUCCCUCAAGGGAUUUCUAUGUUGUUAACUACCCCGCUAUUGUACAAAAUGACGACCGUGCUAUCCUGUCGCUCGGAGGAAUCACCGGAAUUUCAAAGACCUUCAACUCCAGUUCUCGUCGGUUAAGAUUAACCUUCCGUCCAGACAUGUUUCUGUGCAAGCCGGUCUUUGGUGACCCCUCGCCGAGUACUGCUCUUGUGAUUCGAGCCAGGAGACUUCGCAAUAAACGCACGGGCGAGGAAAAAGUGCAGGCAGAAAUACUUGGAAUAAUCCCCCGCACCUACAGCUUCACUGCCAUGAUUUCCAGCCCAAGAUUUGGGGACCUGACUGCAUGUUCCUUUUUUCCAACUGCUUUGGUAGGCUUGAUGGAUUUCCAGUACGGUCCGUACGAAAAACCUCCAUCAGAACAGUGCAGCAGCUCUGGAAACUUGGAUCGGUUCAGCGUUUUCUAUGAAAAGCUACUUGUGCGAGAACCCACACGUUCACUCGACGUACACCUAAACAGCGACGCCCCCCUCUGUGUGCCUCCCAUUCUAUUCACACGCCUCGAUCAGCCACUGGCCUACUGUUUUUCCUCCCGCUUUCGCACAAAUGACUACGUUGAACUGGACAGCCAAAGCCAUAACCAUCCUUACCACAGGAAGGAGCGCAAGAGCUACGCCAUGUUCGUCAGCUUCAAUGAGCCCACACCGAUGGCUGCACAUCCUGCCGCUCUCGAAACCAUCUCCAGCCUUCCUCCAGCGUCUCGCAAGUUGGCGCACGAGAUUGAAAAGUUAUUUAGAAAACGCCCCGCCUGGACUCGUAGCGCCCUGCUUCACGGGUUGCGGCAUCUGCGCAUUCGAGAUUCUUCCAUUAAACUUAUCCUCCCAGCAUUUGCCUACUACAUGCCCAACGGCCCAUGGGGUCGAGUUUGGAUCCGAUUUGGUUAUGAUCCACGCGCUGAUCCAGCUUCCCGCAUCUACCAGACUGUUGACUUUCGUGUUCGAGCUCCGCGUUUGCAGUCGAAACUGAAACUGGCCGGACGGCGUCCACGUGUGGCUGACAGAGAGAACUCCGAUGGCUCCGGGUCGGAGACCAGCUGUUUCCGUUUUAAUCGCAACAGCUGGCCCGAUGCCCGCCAGAUUCUCUAUCAGAUAACAGACAUUGACGUGCCCGAAGUGAUAGAAAUGCUCGCUGCUCCGGUUCCUCGAAGCAAAUGCGAUCCUGUAGAGGGUUGGAUGCCGGAUAAGCAUCAAAGGACUAUACGUGAAAGCAUAACCAGGUGUUUAGAGGCCUGGGUCGCCCAGGAGGAGGAGUCCGCUGCCAUGCAGAAAGCAUCCACAACCCAGGAAAACAAGACGGAAGAGCCUGAGGAUAAUGAUUUAGAUGGAAACGGCAGUGUAGACGCUACACCCAACUGCCGUACCCUUCCUGGGGAAAAAAUUGGCCUUGAAAUUGGUUCCUGGAAAGCUGCAGUGCUGCUCUACGCCAUGAACGUGCUCAUGACAACCAGCACGAAUGCCAUGCAUUAUGCUGGUAGUUGCUCUACCGCUCUAAACGUCGAACACUGCCUUUCAAAGUUGCACACGGCUGUCUACAAUGACUGUGUGCUUUAG